UACGUAUACGUCAUUUUGGUUAUCCUUGGGAAAGUGCUGUGUUGAAGUAAGCACGGCUUCUGUAAAUUUAUUUUUAUUUGUGGCGUAUCUCCCCAAUAUCCAAAAUGUGUCUAUAGCACCAAGUAAUCGACACUGAAAGUACAAGAUGCUGAACUUAUCCUUCUCCAGUCUAAAAAGUCUGAUGAGCUGACUACAACAACAACAAUGAUGAAUCACUCACCGUCGAAAAAACCCAGGCUCUCUUUCCUUAGUCAUUUCAAAUAUGAACAUCUUCUGGCAGGAAUAUCAGGGGGAGCUAUAUCCACGUUGAUUUUGCACCCUUUAGACUUGAUGAAAAUUAGGUUCGCAGUUAGUGACGGUAGAACUACCAUACCUCAGUACAGUAGCUUGACCAGUGCAUUUUAUGGUGUAGUUAGGCAGGAAGGUGUCAAAGGACUGUAUAGAGGUGUUGCACCAAAUGUAUGGGGAUCCGGAAGCGCAUGGGGGUUUUACUUUCUUUUCUACAACUCUAUAAAAAAUUGGAUUCAACAAGGAGACACGCAGUAUCCACUGGGGCCCAGCUUGCACAUGCUAGCUGCUGCUGAAGCUGGCAUAUUAACUCUGGUGGUGACAAACCCUAUUUGGGUAGUGAAGACGAGGUUAUGUUUGCAGUAUGGAAAUGAAGACACCUACCUCGCAAAAGGAGGCCAGUUCUACCGAGGCAUGUCAGAUGCGCUGGUGAAAAUUUAUCAAAAAGAAGGCGUACGGGGCCUUUACAGGGGUUUCGUUCCUGGAAUGUUUGGUGUUACUCAUGGAGCCCUCCAGUUUAUGACUUACGAAGAAAUGAAGGGUUAUUAUAAUGGCUAUAGGAAACUACCACUGGACAACAAGCUGACCACAGGGGAAUACAUAGGUUUUGCUGCAAUAAGUAAAUUGAUAGCGGCUGCAGCUACUUAUCCAUACCAAGUGAUCAGGGCCCGAUUGCAAGACCAACAUCACAGCUAUGAAGGAACUUGGGAUUGCAUCAUGAAAACAUGGAAGUACGAAAGGAUGGCUGGAUUCUACAAAGGCCUUGCUCCAUAUUUACUUCACGUUACUCCUAAUAUAUGUCUAGUCAUGUUAAUUUAUGAAAAAUUUACCAAUAAUAACCAAUAAAUAGGUACAGAUUUUACUUAACAUAUUUAAGGAAAUAUUCGAGUUUUUUUCAGAAACCAACUGGUUUGACUUCGCAUUCAGUUGAAUUUCAACCUGAAGGUAAACAGAUGCUUCGUAAGUGAAAACAAUGUAAUGAAUUUGGUGUCCUUAUAAACAUCAAUAUUAUCUCAAGUUUUUCUCUGUUUUGUUAAAUCUCUCUCAAGUUCUGUCAAAUCUCUCUAUUUUUACAUUCUUGUUGUCCUCUCAAAUGUUGUUAAACACAAGUCACGUGAGACCUGAGUUUGUUACUAUUUUUUUUGUUAGUUACACGAGAAAGGUUCAGUUUCAUUUAAUUCAAAUUUUUCAGUAGUAACUAAUAUUCUCUUGAAUGUUCAAUUUGACUCUGAUACUUAACUAAGGCCUAUUAUUUUAAUUUUUUUGUCACUCUGCUUCUGAAUCCACAAUAAACCAGUGAACACUCACCAGUUGACUCUCCUAAAUUUGUGAUAAUCUCCACUUGGUUCUCUGGAACUAGAGGAAAGGUAACUUCUCAACCUCAUUUCUGAAAUAGUAAAUAUAUGAUUUCAAUUUUGAAAUAAUACUGUUCAUAAAAUAUUCAUUUGUUAAUGUUUCUUGAUAAGUGGUGGCUUAAUUUAUAGACAAUUUUGAAUUCAUAUAUUUAUGGGGAUCUCUAGUUUCUAGUACUGUUAGUCCUAAAGAUAAGAUUUGAAACAGAUCAAUUGCUUGGUACCACAUUCAGGCCAAUUUGUGUAUAUUGGAAGGUUCAGUUGUCCCUAGAAAUAGAAGAGCCUAGAAGUUGUGAGCAAUAUAUUUUAUAAUACAACAAACUAUAAGACAACAAAUUAUAAGACAACAAACUCUAUUAUUUGUUGGGUUCAACAUCAUCAUGUAAAUGUUUUAUGAAAAAAUCGAACGACACUAAUUCACUCAAUAUUAGGACUUGAAAAUGUAUUGAAAUAAAAAAUUCGCAACUCGAUCUUGCGUUUGUAAGUUCUUGUUGUAGUUAUGUUAUCACAUUACAUCAUAAAAAAUAAAAACUUUUAACAUGGAAUUUAGUCCAGCUUGACGAUAAUUCAAACAAAAAGUCUUGUAUUGAAGUAUAUUGACAGUCUAGACUUGGAUAAAAAAAUGUCUAAUAUAAUAAUAAUCUCGGCGUGAACGCUGGUUUCCUGAGGUUUGAAAACCUCUUAUCAGAAUGAUAAGUUUUGACUGGGAUAUAUUUCAUUGUGUUCUUAGUGUUGAACUUGUAGGAUUUUCACCAUCAUUAGAAGAAUUAUUUAUAUUUUGUGUUUGAAAAGAUUUUCUGCCGACUAGAAGCCAUUGUAAUGAAUCAUAUUAAAAGGCUAUAUGUAUAAAGUAGUGAAAACAAGCAGGGAAAUUUUUCAACCACUUGUAUCAAGUGAGGUGAUCUUAUAUCACCAUUCUCAAGAUUUAUGUUGAAAUUGAUCUGGUAUAAUUUUUUUCAUUUAGUUUUAAGUUUUCAUCUGUUUACUUGUCUGGUUGACUUUAGGUAAUCUUCAUAUAAUCAGUGUUUUCUGCAGAUAUUUGAAAUGUUUUCAACCAAUUUCUAGUACAAACUGAAAAAUGAAUACAUUUUUGAAGGAAAAAAUUAUUUUGUUCUUUUGCGACUUUUGCUAUUGAAUAACUUCUGAUACAACUGUAUUAUUUCAGUAUCUGCAAAUAACAGAUAACUUACAAAUGAAGAGUAGGUCAUUAUAAACAUGAGCAUUGCAUUAUUACCUCACUUUUUUUCAUACUUUUGCUAGUAGAUUAUUCAAUUCUAAGGUAUAUCAUUCUUAGCUAAUUUAUGCUACAUCUUGGAACAUCAAAAAAUGAAGUACCACAUACUAAUUAUUUAAACUCCUUGAUAAGUGAUCCCAGAAAGCGUUUUUUCUUUAAACCUCACAUACAAUUGAGUUGUUGAAUUCAUUUAAAAAAUAUUUUGUACUUGCCUAGAAUAUCAUUAUAUUUUCACUAAGGUUCUAGAUCCAACUUUUCUGUACACAAAUACUGAAAUACAUUUGAAUUAACGUAUAAAAGUUAAGAUACUCGUAUUUGAAAUGUUAAGACAUGACAACAAGGAAUGUAAACUUUCAUGGCUGGAGAUAACUGUGUCAAAGCUAUUUUCAGGUUUUUUUUGGCAGUGGUUUGCAGGUUUUUAUGCCUGACGUUUCAUCUACUACUGCGGUAGACAUCAAAGGUGAUGAGGUAACUGUCGCAGUGCCUGAUUUGGUAUUCCUGUUGUUUCGAACGCAUUCACUACGAUGCUGGUAUUUGACUCUGGUUUUAUAUUAUUAUUAGUGAGCGUGACUUGGUUUCUCUUAAUUGGAUUACCUGACCUUCUUUGUGUACCUUUAAGGAAAGGUAGCCAGGUUUUAUUAAUGUUCAUUGCCUCUUCUUUUGUAUUGAAGUUGUCCGUGUCUUUUAGAAUUUCUAUCGCCUCUCUAUAUACACUUGGAUAGUACACUUUGAGUUUUAUCUAGUAUCACUGUAUAGGGAAUUGGAAAACAGGGAUUAUUUCGAUGGAAACAGCUCGAGCACUUCGAUCGCUACCUCAUCGGCUUUGAUGAUGUGUACUGCAGUAGUAGACGAAAAGUCGGGCAUAAAAAUCUGCAUACCACCGCCAAAAAACCCGAAAAAUAGAUUUUGACACAAUAUCAUAGCUAAUAAAUGUUGAUUAUUAGAAGAUCUCUAUGAAAGUGAAAAUGAAAUUUGUUGGUGAAUGAUCUAGGAGCAGAAACUAAGAAAAUAUUAUUUUCAUGUGUGAUAUCGUCUACAAUCCAUCAAUAAAUCAAACAGCACGCUUGGUACUAACAUGUCUGCUGCCACCUGUAUUUUCAAGUGUUAUAAGAAACGUUAGUAAUGAAGCUGUAACUUUUAUUUCCAAUGAAUGAGUCCAAAAUUCUAUAAUCUAUGCAAAUUGAUAUUUAAAAUUAUUGUGAUAUUCUAUACUAGUUUGUUCCACAAUAUAUUGAAGUGAAGCAAAAUAUUUUUGUAAGUGUUUUCAAGAACAAACUGAGCACACUUUUACCAGUGUACCAUCAUUUAGUCUAUCGAGAAAACCAAAACUGUAUCUUUAAAGACAAAAUUUUAAAUAAGUUUUUGUGCUUCUCUGAAAAAGUGAAUAAUUGUUCUUAUUUGUACAACUUGUUCCCAGUGAAUGUGAUAUUUUUUUAUUUCAAUUUUUGUCUGUGUACAAUUUUCCAUUUAUUGUUUCCUUCUUCCUCUUGCUUGACAAUCCUCUAUUCAUUUAUUAACAUGCACAAACAUUUAAAAUCAAUAAUCGUUUUUUAUUCGGAAUCAUGCUCAGUAUCUUCAUGACAUUGUUUUUUUUUGUACUGUUAUUGUGAAGAAAUAUCAGUAUCAUUAUUUUUUUAUUGACAAAUUGAAAGAUUUAUGAUGCAUGAUGGAAAACAGAACAAUACGUUUCAAUGACAACUAUUUCGGGUUUAACUUUUCACACAAUUGAUUCAAAUGAAAAUGGAAUAUUUUUUUACCCUGUUCCCAUUUCCUUUUCUUCUGAAAUAUGCUGCUUACAUCCUCUCCAUGCUUUUUUCUAUGUAUACUAUUAGUCCCAAUUAUAUUAAUAUAUCUUUGAAAUAGAGGAAUCCAUGAAUGAAUGGAAAGAACGUCAUCGAUGUGCCUUAUUGAAUUGUGAAAGUUGCAUUCAUACGAAAAUUACAAUUGAUGACAUGUUUCGUAAAAGUUAUGAAUGUAAUAAGUUUGUAAUGUUUGGAGGAACAACGGUUUGUUAUGAGAGAAUAAAUUUACAUCAUGAUAUUGUGGUUCACUAACGAGAGAGAACUUAAUAUUUAGUGAAUUUUGAAACUAGAAAAUUUUGUUUUUCAUUUUUGAAUUUAAGGUUUUGCUUAGUGAUUCAAUAAAGUAUUUUAGAUGUUCGAUGAUGAUGGACAAGUUGAACUUCAUAGAUUCUCAAGAGAUUCAGUGUUUCUAAGAUAUCUUAAUCCUACUAAUUUCGUAUUGUCUCUUUUCUUAUACUUUCCAAGUUUGAGAGUAUUGGAAAUGUACUAUACCAUUUCUUCCUUGUUACCAUCCUUAUAUAUAUAUUAACAAAGUUUGUAGCAAUAUGUAAUAUCUCUCAAUAACAAAAAGGAAUGUAUAUAAGCAAUUUAUUUAUUAUUUUUUGUAUCAGAAUGUUUUGUUGGUGAUUGAUUUUACAUAUCAAAUUUUAACCUAGGUACAAUAUGAAAAGUGAGAAAAAAUUUUUAGGAGUAAUGUGACGAGAAACUAUAUCUGUAGUUGAUUAUUAUUUUUCUAUUGAAUGCAGUGGGUGAUUUAUAGUAUUAUCUUGAACUGGAAUAAGACCUGAAUUAAAUGAUGUGAUAUAAA